GUAAAGAGGGAGCCAAUGAAAAGGCCAGAGCCACUGCCUUGCCCCCAGGAGACCGAAGACAUGGCACCCAAGAAGGCCAAGAGAAGGGCAGCGGCAGAGGGCGGAAGCUCCAAUGUCUUCUCCAUGUUUGACCAGACUCAGAUCCAAGAGUUCAAGGAGGCCUUCACGGUAAUCGACCAGAACCGUGAUGGCAUUAUCGACAAGGAAGAUCUGAGGGACACCUUCGCAGCCAUGGGGCGCCUCAAUGUGAAGAAUGAGGAGCUAGAUGCCAUGAUGAAGGAAGCCAGUGGUCCCAUCAACUUCACCGUCUUCCUGACCAUGUUUGGAGAGAAGCUCAAAGGUGCUGACCCUGAGGAUGUGAUCACCGGAGCCUUCAAGGUCCUGGACCCUGAGGGGAAGGGCACCAUCAAGAAGCAGUUCCUGGAGGAGCUGCUUACCACGCAGUGCGACCGCUUCACCCCGGAAGAGAUCAAAAACAUGUGGGCAGCGUUCCCCCCCGACGUAGGAGGCAAUGUAGACUAUAAGAACAUCUGCUACGUCAUCACGCACGGCGACGCCAAGGACCAGGAGUAGGGGACCCUCUUAGGCCUCUGCUGGCCAAUGCCUCCUGCCAGUCCAACCCCCACCCCGACUACUAAUAAAACUCAACUGGUCUUUGUUUCUUA